CCCUCUCUCUCUCUCUCUCUUUCUUUCCUUCCUUCCUCUCAACAUCAUCUUCCUCCUCUUCUCAUCCAUACAUCGCAACACAAUAUGAAGACAGGUGCUUUGGCCAUCGCAGCUAUAGCUGCGGCUCUCUCAGCAGAUGCUGGUGUGCAUCGGAUGAAGCUCAAGAAGCUCCCUCUCAAUGCCAAUUCUCUUCUCCCCGAUGCGUCCGACUUCCGUCCUACGCCGGAGCAAGAGGCAGAGUUCCUGCGUCACAAACAUCUCGGUCAGUCCCAUGAGCAGGCUCUCCUGGGACAGAAUCCUCUCAUGGGGUUUGGCGGAGCGGGCAGAAAACACAAACAUUAUGAGCAUGAGGGGCAUCAUGCCCCCGAUUUCAGUGACGAGGAUGUGGAACGCUUCUGGGCUCAAAUGAUUGGACAGGGGGACAGUGAGAAGAGGGUGCUUAAGGGUGGUCAUGGAGUGCCGUUGUCAGACUAUAUGAACGCACAAUAUUAUGCCCCCAUCACCAUCGGCACUCCCCCACAAGAGUUCAAGGUCGUUUUGGACACGGGUUCCUCCAAUCUCUGGGUCCCGUCAUCUUCAUGCACGUCGAUCGCUUGUUUCCUUCACAGCAAAUACGAUUCUUCCGCAUCGUCCACAUACAAAGCCAACGGAUCAGAUUUCGCUAUCCGUUACGGCUCUGGUUCUCUUGAGGGCUUCGUCUCGUCGGACACUGUGACCAUCGCCGAUCUAUCGUUGAAGCACCAAGACUUCGCCGAGGCGACUAAAGAGCCUGGCUUGGCCUUCGCUUUUGGCAAGUUUGACGGCAUCAUGGGUCUCGCCUACGACACCAUCUCGGUAAAUCAUAUCGUGCCGCCUUUCUACACCAUGCUCAACCGCGGUCUGCUCGACGAGCCUGUCUUUUCCUUCCGUCUCGGCUCAGAUGAGAAUGACGGUGGAGAGUGUAUCUUUGGUGGUGUUGAUGACUCUGCCUAUACUGGGAAAAUCCAAUAUGUGCCUAUCAGACGUAAAGGUUACUGGGAGGUCGAAUUGGAGAAGAUUGGAUUUGGCGAAGAAGAGCUCGAGUUGGAGAACACCGGCGCUGCCAUUGACACUGGUACUUCUCUCAUCGUCAUGCCCUCUGAUGUUGCCGAGAUGCUGAACAAGGAAAUCGGUGCAACCAAGUCAUGGAACGGUCAAUAUACUGUCGACUGCAACACGGUGCCAUCGCUUCCCGAAUUGUCCCUGACCAUGGGCGGAAUCGACUGGGUGCUCAAGGGCGAAGAUUACGUGCUCAACGCUGGUGGUACUUGCAUCUCAUCAUUCACCGGUAUGGAUAUACCUGCUCCCAUCGGACCUCUCUGGAUCGUCGGUGAUGUGUUCCUCCGCAAGGUGGUCACCGUCUACGAUCUCGGCAGAAACGCCGUUGGCUUUGCGGCGGCCAAGUGAGUCAAGGUCUAGCGCAGUUCGGUGGAAUUAUUCCCGUUGAUGGAGGAUGAUGGAAUUUCGAUGAUCACCUGGUAUCAAUUGUAGUGGUAUUCAAAUAUGUAUGUGCUGCAUGCUG